AUGACUGACGAGUCACGCGACUCCUCCCCCGAAACAGGAGAUGACCGCCCGCCGGUGAACCACGACUCCGUCUUGCGCUACCCGUUUCGAGAGAUGCGGAUGGAGUGGUUUGAUGACUACAUGGAUAACAUCUCCCCAUCGAAGCGCGUUGCCGUGGCGACUCGGCUGAUGGACUGCCUGAUGGCGCACACAGUGCUCCACGAGGACCCGUUCCUCGAAAAGGCGGUGACGUUCAUCUACAAUCGUGUGGCCACUCACGAGACGUUCCGCAACAUGACUGGUGUCUUCGGCGAGGCCCACGAUGUCUUUCGGAUUGUGUGCAUGACGGCCAAGUUCACCGUGUCGAACCCCAGCGAAAAAAAUGCUUUGCUCAACCUCCUGGACCAGCACUGCACACGCUUUCAGGCAGCGGCGCAGAAGACAAAGUCCGAGAACUCGGAGACCCUCAUCGCGGCUGCCGGGCACGUGACGGAGUGUGUGUGCUCUCUGCGCAAGAGCAUGGCCUCCGCCGAGGCCUUUCGCCGCCUCAUGGACUCCAUCAAGUUUCUUUUCUUCACCGUCAACACUCGCAACGGCGUGUCGCCGUACUCGUCGAACGGCAAACUGCUCUUCAACACCUUUGUGUGCUGCGACGGAUGCCCUUGCUACGCAAAGCUGCGCACCGGUCCGACGGUCUUCCUGCGCGACAUGGAGAAGAUCAAGGUGCUCGACUGCGUUAUGAUCGCCGCGGUCAACGCGAAGGACGCACGCAUGCACGACACCACCUCCAAGUUCCUGCACAACUUCUGCAAGGAUUUCAUGGAGAACCCGCACCUGGACGACAUUGGCCACCUCGUCCAUAACGGGAGGCUCUUCUACUGCCGCACAGCCCUGUUCGACGCCCUCGACAAUAUCGAGUCCAUCUCGUCCCCGCAGAGCAACAUCGCGGACUUGCCGAGCGCGAAGACGUUUACCUUGGACCGCAUCGUCCUGGCACUACUGUGGGUCAAGAGCGAGGUGAAGGAAAUCCGGCUUCUGUGUAACCUAGUUCCCACCUUGAACGAGGCCCUCUCCUCUGCUGAGACUGCCUACAGUCGCCUGGACUGCGAGGAUGUUCUGCAGGUGCUCUACACUCUCAAGGAGCACAUCCUGACCGUGUUUCUCGCCCUCAGCGCCCCUGAGUAUCACCUCGCCGUGCACAGCCGCGACGUGUUUGUUGGGAAGCAGGCCGACAUGAAGUGUGCAAACCCAUCCUGCCCCGGUACCACGAAAGACCUCCUCAAGUGCAGCGGCUGCGACGUCACGUUUUACUGCUCCCCCGAGUGCCAAAAGGCGGACUGGGACAAGCACAAGAAUUUCUGCCAUGAAAUCGAGUCGCGCCGCAGCCAGCCCGCAUCGCCCACGAUAGUGUAU